AUGUCAAUAGGCGGUGGAAAUGGAGCGCGGAGACGCAUCGUCCACAAACGCAGACUGGACGUCUCAGCUGCCAGAGGAACUGUGGGGUACACCGCUUUGGGACCUGGCGAUACCCACUGGAGUCAUGACAGUAUGAGUUACUGCCUGGAUACACACUCUCCUGCAGUUUCUGGAUCGACUGACACCCUGCAUUGUACGCCCCUGUGUCUACCGCUGGGCCACCACACAGCUCUGAGCACCAGGCCCUGGUCUGCUACAUCACUCAGCUGUUUAAAGACAAACUCUGCCCCCCACAGGUACAGGAUAGACAAGACCCCACUACUGCCCGUCUCAGUCAGGGUUGGGGAGACUCCUUAUCUGAGCCAGUGCUGGGAUCUGGGGCAGCAGGUCAUCAUUUCGUAUGACGAUGAGACGAUUCUUCACCAACACAAGGAACUGUGGUCUAAGAUCUCUUACUGGUACACUGACUCGGCAGACCCCAAAGAGAUAAUUUCUUACCUGGAGGAGCGGCAGAAGGCCCAAGGAAGAGCAGCUCAUUUCUUCACCUCGGGGCUGAACCUGACGGAGGAUACUGCUGUGGUGGUCUGCAACCCCUGUCUGACGAUGAGGAAGUUAACGAUGAAGAGUUUCUCCCUGCUGCUGGACUGGGUGGAGAAGCAGACUCCUGGACCGGACCUGACUGCUAUCAAAAUCAUUUGUGGAGACUUUGUGGGUCGGAACCACUUUGCCUCUGUGGUUAUCGGGCUGAAGACAGAGAACCAGGGACGGAGUGAGAAAGAGACUGACAGAUAAACAUGCACAGAAUCCCAAAUAGCUUCUAGCUCCUUCUACCUAUGCAGUUGUGGAGAUCUGAGAGGUUUGGUUAGGUGUAAUCAACAUGGUACUCUGAUACACUAGAUCAGGGGUGUCAAACUCAUUCCAUGGAGGGCCUACUGUCUGUGGGUUUUUUGGUUUUUACUUUCAUUUAGACCUAGACAACCAGGUGAGGGGAGUUCCUUACUAAAUAGGGAGGAGCGAAAACCCACAGACACUCGACCAUCCGUGGAAUGAGUUUGACACGUGUACUACUAGAUCAUAUGAAUGAGGUUGACACGUGUACUACUAGAUCAUAUGAAUGAGUUUGACACGUGUACUACUAGAUCAUAUGAAUGAGUUUGACACGUGUACUACUAGAUCAUAUGAAUGAGUUUGACACGUGUACUACUAGAUCAUAUGAAUGAGUUUGACACGUGUACUACUAGAUCAUAUGAAUGAGUUUGACACGUGUACUACUAGAUCAUAUGAAUGAGUUGCCAUGUUUCCCUGUGUCUACCUACAGCACAGGGUGUCAGGUUUACUGUGUUGUUAAUGAGUAUGAUGGAUACAAUGAGAGGUUUUUACAUUCUAAAGUGAUGCCAAAGGAAAAGUUCCAUCCUCAGAUGGACAAUAGAAUGUAUAUUCUUUAUGCAAAUACACUACAUGCAGGGGCAAAUGCAUAAAUGUC